GAAGAAAGCUUUUGUUGAAAGCUGAACAAGGAGGUUCUUGAGACACAAGAAAUAUAUAUCGUUGGCAGUGCCUGCAGUAAUUUCCUCGGAGUUGUUGCUUGCCUUUGAUUUGUGUUAACGCAGUUCUGGUUGCUAGAAUUUUCUUGUUUUGCUUUUCUUUGCAAAUAAGGGGUAGGAUGGUUCAAAAUUUACUGGGGAAAAAAAAAAAGCUAAGGCUUUUUCAACCCCAAUUUACUGAGGAAUUUCAGUGUCAGAAAUGAGGCAGCCUUUACUUAAGUCGUUUGAGGGAACCUCUUUGCUUUCGGGCUGUUUGUGUCACCUGUGUAAGUUUUACCCUAUACCCACAUUUAGGAGAAUUGUCAGAAACCGUUCAACAGAGCAAUUCUCAGGGAUACCAUACAUUUAUGCCCUAUUGAACUGCCUGGUCACUUUGUGGUAUGGAACGCCUCUCAUAUCUCCGGACAAUGUAUUGAUUAUGACGGUCAAUUCAGUCGGUGCACUUUUCCAAUCAGUCUACAUAAUCCUCUUCAUAGUUUACUCUGAUAAGCCAACAAAGGUGCGUGCACUUGUAUUACUGCUGGCAGUUUUUAGCAUAUUUGGAGUAGUAGUGGGUGGGAGCUUGCAAAUAAUUGAUCCUCUGAUUCGGCGGAACGUAGUUGGAUUGAUGAGUUCUGUUUGUCUCGUAUCAAUGUUCGCUUCUCCAUUGUUUAUAAUUAAUUUGGUGAUCCAGACAAAGAGUGUUGAAUAUAUGCCAUUUUAUAUUUCCCUUUCCACCUUCCUAAUGAGCACCUCUUUCUUUCUUUAUGGAAUCUUGAAUUAUGAUGCCUUCAUCUAUGUUCCAAAUGGGAUAGGAACAAUUUUGGGGAUUGUACAAUUGGCGUUGUACUUUUACUAUAAGAAUUCAGCCGCAGAAGACUCUAAAGAACCAUUGAUAAUUUCCUAUGAAUAAGUACAUCUUCCAACAAGGUAAAGUCAACUAAGCAAGUGAAAAACUCUGUUUUGUUGAUGAAUUGUUUUGGGGACAAUUCUUCAUUGUUACCCUGGCUAUAUCUAGGACUGAAUUUAUAGUUAGUUCUUUCAUGAGCCCGAUUCGCGGAAUGCAAUUUAAAUAGGUGGCAAUGACCCUUCUGUUCCAUGCAUUGUUCCAUUCUCUUCAUCAAUUAGUGAUUUUUUAUUUGCA